UUAAGAACAACGAAAAACUCCGAAAACUACGUGUAACAGUUAAUAUCAUCACUAACGACAAAAUCAUCACAACAAAUCAUAGCAAUGUCCAGCAAACAGCAAGCCACUCCCGGUACUUCGCUCACCUACGACGUUUUCAUGCAUUUGGAGGAGCUGCGGCGUCCAACUCAGCAGCCAUUGCGUCUGAGCAAAUCGAAAGUGGCGCUGACCACGCAUCUCAUCACCGAAAACAUACAGAACAUACAAAAGUGCAGCAACGCCGAUUUGAAGGCCAUCACACGGGAGCUGCAAUUCAAGGAGCAGUUGCGCAAGCAAAUCAGCAGCUUGAAAGCCGCAGCAAAGCAGAGUCCAAACAGCAAUCCACUCAAGAGCGCGUAG